UGUAGUGGGUAAUUUAACAUUGGGAGUCAAAAACACAUUGAGUGCACACAGAGAGAUAAGCUAGAUGUUGUUUUUUUUUUUUAAAUUUCUCAUAUCUGCGAACAAAAGAAAAUUAACAUUGACUUUUUUUACUUUUUGAGGCGGGAAUCAAGAUGGUGGGAUCAUUGUCCAGCUUAAGUAAAUUCAGUAUUGAUUCAUUCUGUUGUAAAAAUCAAGAAUUAGUUAAUUUAUCUAUAUAUCAGCACUGGAGUGAACGGCGAUGUCAUCAUCCAGCUCAGUUCUGUUCUCAUUCAAUAGUGUCAAUGCAGACAGAUCAAAACACUGCUGAAUAUCAAGUGUCCCCGACUAAGCAAGCCAGAGGCGACAGCAGCAAGAAGCCAAACUCCUUCAGGUCCAACUUGAUAAAAAAUCCCAGAGCCAAAGAUGGACUCCAAGGAUGGGAGAUUGUAAAGAAUGGAGGUGACGGCUGGGUGACAGGAACCAAUAAUAAACCACAUCCAGACGACACGGUCACCAACUGUUUUAUAACAUCUUACUGUUUAUGUUUGAAGCGACAGCUGAUUGAUUUGAAGAAAGAAGGCUACAGUGAUGCUUUCAUGGAUCUUCGGCAACCUCGUAUCAGAAUAUCAGACUGGUAUGCUCCACGAGCUGAUUGUGGGAGUGAGUAUCAGAUCUGUGUAGAGCUGCUUGAUCAAAAUAAAAAACCCAUCAGAUCCUUUAAGCCUAAGAAGAUUGUGUUUCAGCAGUGGAAUGAUGAGCCGUGGCGUCGAGUGACCCAUGUCUUCAAGGAUUAUGGUCCUGGUGUCCGGUUCAUCCGUUUCACUCACGGUGGGAAGGAUAUGCAGUUCUGGAAGGGCUGGUAUGGAGUACGGAUCACUAACAGUAGUGUGAAGAUCUGCAGAGAGGUUCUGUGUGGAGUUUGAUGAGGUCAUAGAGUUUGAUGAGUGACAUAUAAAGGAAUCAGCAGGAAAGAAGGGAGAAACUGUGUUUGGAUCUACUGGAGUCUGUACUACACUGAUAACAGAUUCACUCUCUCUCACAAUAAGAAACAAACUGUUAUACCUGUCCCUUCAGCCCGCUGUAAUAGAGUAGGAGUGUAUGUGGACGUGUCGGCCGGCACUCUGUCCUUCUUCAGCGUCUCUGACACACACACACUCACACACUUACACACAUUCAACACCACAUUCACUGAACCCCUCUAUUCUGGAUUUAGACUUUAAAUCCAGCAUAAAUGUAAAUUUAAAACAAACUUUAAAACAAACUCCAAAAACAAAUCAAUUUUUCCUGUUUUGUUUUGUUUCUUUUAAAAAAGAAUUGAAAAUGUAUGUUAACACUUUUUCAUCCUCUGUAAAUAGGAAAGCAAGAAAAACAACCUCAAUUUGUAAUGACUUUAAUUUGUACACUCUAAUUGAUGUAUAAAUCAAUGUCUUACCCUAAUGUUCUUUUUUCUGUUUUAUAUCCUAUUUUUCUUUUAUCAUCUUUCUUUUUUAACAAAUAAUUGUUAAUUUUUUCUCCUAUAUGUUCAGAUGAUAUUGAACAUACUUAUUGAUACAUUUUGUGUGUUGUAUAUAAAGUUGUAUACCAUUAAUGUCAUCUUUGUACUUUUUGAAAUAAUAAUAAUAAAAGACAUAAUAAAGCUCUCGUUCACUGAUUCGCU